GAUGGGGGGUUGCUACUGUUACUGAAUUGAAGCAGAGUGUUUCAGGGAAAAGAACAUUUCGAUCAAGUUUAAGCACCCGGCAUGCCGUCGAAUGGCCCCUUUCAGAUGUUUCUAGUGAUCUCACAGUUGAAGUUGGAACGUCGAGCUUUGCUCUCCACAAGUUCCCUCUGGUCUCUCGUAGUGGAAAGAUUCGAAAGCUUUUAUCCGAAGCAAAAGAUUCAAAGGUGACACGCAUAAAUCUCCAAGGCACUCCAGGUGGAGCAGAAGCAUUUGAACUAGCGGCCAAAUUCUGCUAUGGUGUGAGCAUAGAAAUCACACUCUCAAAUGUGGCCAUGCUGCGAUGCACAGCUCACUAUCUGCAAAUGACUGAAGAAUUCACAGAAAAAAACUUGGAACUACGGACUGAAAUCUACAUAAAAGAAACAGUCAUCCCAAACAUUGCAUACUCUAUAUCUGUUCUUCACCGUUGUGAGAACCUCCUUCCACUAGCAGAAGAGAUUAAUUUGGUCAACCGAAUCAUAACAGCGAUUGCAACCAAUGUCUGCAAAGAGCAGUUGACAUCUGGCUUGUCCAAACUUGAGCAUAACUUACCCCUUAAACCAAUGACAGUAGAGGUAGAGCCCCCAUCAGACUGGUGGGGAAAGGCUUUAGCAGUGCUAAACCUAGAUUUCUUUCAAAGAGUCCUCUCUGCAAUGAAAUCAAAGGGUCUCAAACAGGACAGCAUUAGCAGGAUCUUGAUCAAUUAUGCCCACAACUCUCUCCAAAACCUCUUGGUUAGAGACAUUCAAACAUCAAAGGGGAGCUUCUCAGAUGCGGAAACACAGAAGAAACAAAAGGUCAUUGUAGAAGCUAUAGUCAGCCUACUUCCAGCCCAAUCGAGAAGGUCCCCAGUGCCAAUGGCAUUUCUUUCAGGUCUUUUGAAGACUGCAAUGAUGGUCUCAGCAUCAACCAUCUGCAAAGCAGAUUUGGAGAAAAGAAUUGGUUGGCAGCUAGACCAAGCUAUUCUUGAAGACAUACUAAUCCCAGCCAACUCUCACAAUGGGCAUCAUUUGUUAUAUGACACAGAUUCAGUAUCAAGGAUCUUUUCCAUCUUUGUGAAUUUGGAUGAGGAAGAGGAUGACGGGUCUCAGUUGAGGGAAGACAGGGAUGGUUGCUAUGAGUUUGACAGUCCAAGUUCUCCAAAACAAAGCUUGAUACUCAAGGUAUCAAAGCUUAUGGAUAGUUAUCUUGCAGAAAUUGCACUGGAUUCUAACUUGACGCCAUCAAAGUUUAUUGCGCUGGCAGAGCUACUCCCAGAUCAUGCACGAGUAGUUAAUGAUGGUCUGUACAGAGCUGUUGAUAUCUUCCUAAAGGUUCAUCCCAACAUCAAGGAAUCAGAACGCUACCGCCUAUGCAAAACCAUAGAUUGCCAGAAGCUGUCUCAAGAUGCAUGCAGCCAUGCAGCUCAAAAUGAGCGGCUACCAGUGCAAAUGGCAGUACAAGUUUUGUACUUUGAGCAGAUCAGGCUUCGAAAUGCUAUGAAUGGGAACCAUGAUCAGCUCUUCUUUGGUUUGGUACAUGGUCAAUAUCCUCAAAGAUCAGGUAGUGGAGUAGGGAGUGGGGCCAUCUCCCCAAGGGAUAAUUAUGCAUCAGUGAGGAGAGAGAACAGGGAACUGAAGCUUGAGGUUGCAAGAAUGAGGAUGAGGCUGACUGAUUUAGAGAAAGAUCAUGCCUCGAUGAAACAGGAGCUUGUUCGGGCAAAUCCUGCUAAUAAAUUACUCAGAUCAUUCACCAAAAAGCUAGGUAAGCUGAAUGCACUGUUUCGGAUGAAGGAUGUCAAACCUAUACGUGCAAAGGCUGCUUCAGAUGCCCGGUUUCUGUUUCAGAAGAGGCGGCGCCACUCCAUUUCUUGA